AUGACCGAGAAACUUUCCGCAGCUCUUUUACCACCGACCAGUGGACAAGUGAUAACCAUUCCAAAAGAUAUUCAGCAAUUGACAAUCAAAGAUGCCACCAUCUUCAUCGGCAAAGAACAUGCUCAUCGUUCAAUGCCUGCAUGGUGCCGAUGUUUAAUGGCAUUAGGUGUGGUGUUGGCUUUCGCGAUGGGAGCGGUGAUUAUUACGCCAACUUUUCGACAAUUCACCACAAUUGUCCUUGUUAGUCAAACGGCUGAUUCCCACAACAAUCCACUGCCCGAUCGCAGUACCACAGGUAAUCAGAAUCGUCAACUGCAACAACAACUACCCGAAUGA